AUGCACCUCAAGACGCGGCCCAAGAAAAUGGCUAUGCUCGCCUCCAGAGAUGCUCAAGUCGAGAGGGCCAACAGGACUUCCGCGAAUCAGCUUGGGACAUUCCGCAUUGCGGCGGAAGUCGAGUACUUCUAUCUGUCAAAGAGUUUUGCGGGACUCUCGUCACCUCUGCAGAUGACGAGGAUAUUCACCACCCCGUCGACCCUACUGCCGGUCCACGAUUCCGCUAACGGGGGCAGUCGAGGGGGGGGUCUCGGGCGGUGCCUCAGCAUCAACGUUCUCUGCAGAAAACGAGAGCUCGAGCGAAUCGUGAUGGAAAACAAGACUUGGGCUACGCCGGAGGAGUUUGGCCGAAGAGGCGUGACACACCUUAGAAAGCAGGCUAUUCGCCAGCACCUCGCCUGUUUGGCUCGGCCCGUAGCAAGAACCGAGGUCAGGGCCCAAGCAGCAGUAAUGGCGGCGGAAGAAACGUCGGACCUCAUCGGAACCGCCAGGUUACGAGACGAAAAUGUUUCUCCUCUUCGUCGCGGGCAAACCGAAGAAAGAGGAGCCUUCGUGUACAUGGACUUGACGCACGAGGUGGGGUACUUGUCCGAAGUGGGUCCGAGCGCAGAGCGAGAGUGGGUUCGAAGCACGAGCAUCAGCUACUCAAGAGGUGGGGACAUCGAGAGGGAAAAGAAGACGACUUGUCAAUGUCCCCCACCUUUAGAAGAUAGCGACAACGGCCAAGAAAGCGGCCACCUUUCCACUAGCGUAUCAGUCCAUUCUGCGACACGAGGCGCUGAAACGAAAAAAUCUUGUGGGAGCCAGGAGCAGCAUGGAAAGACUGCUACAGCAGCGGCGGUAAAAUCGGAAGGGGGCGGUGUAGGUGAUUGUGGUGGUGAUGGUGACGACAACGGUGGAGGUGGGUCGCAGCCCGACUACAGUGAAUUUGCAGGUGGAGAAGGCGACGAAGAGGAACGGUACAGCGUAUUCGACGAAGAGCAGGAAGAAAGAAGGGAGGAGAAGGAGGAACAGGAACAGGAUGAACAAUGCAGCGAGUUUGGAUACGGAUCUAGCACGCGCGAAGCAGUCGUACAGCCGGCCGAGGCUGAAAGCCACAGCAGUGAAGUUGAAGAUGUUCGCCAGGAACAGCGUUUAGGCGAUGGGCUUGAAAAUGAAGGAGAGCAGCAGGACACCAGGGAGGGAAGUGCGGGAGAAGCUAAGGCAGGCCUGGACGAGAAUGACUGCAGCAGAGCACAAACUAAAGGCCGCAAUGGCGGUACUCAAACACGUUGUUCACCGGACCUUCAGCUGGAGUCGGUUGCCGUGGAACUUGAAGACAGGUUGGAUCAGAACGACACCAGCGUCGCUGAAACAGCGUCAGGGGCGAAAAACAUUGAACCAGAGGAAAUCGAGAGUCCGGAGCAGCAGGAACAAAAUCAACAGCAGAAUGGACUGUCCGUCACCCAGGCCCAAGAGGGCGAGGUGGAAACCAAAUGUGACGGAAGCGACGGUGGCCGAGGGAGCAUGCGCUCCGGACAGGGUUCAGAAUUGUCGGCUGACAACGGGUACCGGAGCGAGAGCUUCGACGGUGAUGGGUAUACCACGGACUCCGGGAUGUCCGGUCCGGUACCAGAGGCACUAUCAACCACGCAGAAGGCGGGGACGUCGCCUGCUGGUAGCGUUGAACCCCCGAACAUGGCAACAGCCUCUAUUGCUCCAACGGACUUGCGUUCUGCUGCUGCACCUCAGGGCGACAAUAGCGACGACUCCUGCUCUUCACCACCCCCGCUGAGCAUUUCGCCGCUACUGGUGGAAGACCGAUCACCACCGGGGGGGAAUCCAACGCCACGUGUGGACUCUCCACAGCCACAGGAAGAUCCACCCUCACUUCCAGUGAGCCCGCAGCCGAUGUCUGUCGCAUCUUCGUGUCUUGAUGUUUCGCCGGAAACGCUGCAAGACCCACCAGGGCGUGAUGACCCCCCACCUCUGCCUGCCAGCAGGUCGUUACCGUCGUCGCCAUCAUCGCUCCCAGAAGAUUCUGGUGGCGACAGUAGUUCUGCCAGGAUUGAUGCCGUCGACCUUCAACCCGAUAUCCCGCUCAGUAACUCCGACAACCAAUGCGAACCGGGAGCCCACGACCAUGCUGGCGCUGCCAUCCCAGAUGCCGACACGAACGCGGGCUUGGUGGUGUUGGCGAGGAGAGACAAUCUGCCAGGGACUCACUCCGCUUCGGAUAGUUCUAAUACCGCCAACAUCGAGGACAGUGCUCCAACAAAUUUGGCGGGUGCCUCCCGUACGCUUGCUUCAUCCGAGGAGUGCGCUAGUGCCGAUACGGCUGCCAAUGAGGGCCUUCCUGACGGUGCGUCUACGGCAGAGGGUGUGUCUAGCAGUGAUGUCAACGGCGACGGCAUCGAGAGUCCUCUGUGCGGAACGACCGUGACACCAACUGCAGCGAACGAACAUUACGAGGAGCGCAACGAACUGGCUGGGACGGGCGGUUGGAAAAUGAUGCCCAAGGCAUUGCCGCCAUCCAGGAAUAUGGAGCAAGUCUCCCUCGUGGAAAGUGCAAAAACCAUCAUGGAAAACACCUCCCAGGAGGCGUCUAUGAACGACGAUUCAGCAACGACAGGGCCAUUGGCGCAACAAGGGGCCUUGCAGCAGCCAACAGCAGCCGAUGGUUUGCAAGGGCAAGACUCUUCACAGAAAGUUGGGGGAGACUCGUUCGAAUCAAGUGUCACCUUGAAGUCAAUGCACGAUUCAAACAAAAAUUCCGAUCCCGCAACAACGGCUACUGUAGUGUCCGGAGAGGCGGAGGAUAGCAGAUACGCUGCAGCUGGCAUCAACAUCGGAGAGGCUGACAAAACGAACGAACAGUCCGUUAUUGAUGGGAAUGGGACAAACGAAGGGGAGCCAGAAGCCGUGCGAAAACCAGCCGCCGAGGCGAAAGAACCCUCCGGCAACGGGACCACGGACGUGGAUCCCAUUGACGAUGGCGACGAUUCCCCUGAAGAGGCUGCAACUGGUGUUGAUGCUGCCGCGUUUGGUCUUGCCGCUGUCAAAGAAGUGCAGGACUCUGUUAUCACCACGGACGAGGCCAUUGCAAGUGGUGCAGGUUCGGGCGAGAAUGUCUCCCCAACCUCAGAUAGUGCAGAUGGUGCUGUGCAUGAGGCUUCCCCUGGGCGAGAAAGCGCGGCGAACGAAGCAACCGAUGGUCCUGUGUCGUCCGGAAGGACCAACGAACAUGACGGUCCUGAUCAUUCGGUGUCUGUGGGGCAUGAUGAGCCUUCAACAGUUGGCGGAGAGACGGCGACAGCUUCGUUGGACGACGAUACCGCAUUGGGGCCAAAUGAAAACGAGACAGGGAAGCCCGUUGAAAUACCUGAGGCAAUAGGAUGGGAAUCGGAAGGCCACCAGGCAAUAAGCGCUGACGGGACGGACGGAAACAGCGUUUACGACGAGGUGUUUGAGGAGACGAGUAGCAGUACCGAACAAGCCGCCGAGGCGGUAAGCAGUCUGGACGGCGGUGCAAUGACGACCAUUGCCAAGACUGGUAAUGUCGUCGCCUCUCAUUUUUCCCAAGGACAAGAAGACCCCGCUGAUGCUUCUGGGAGGGGCGAUGCUGGGGAGCCGCCUCUUGCAACCACCGAUCGAGUGGGAGAAUCCCCGAGAUUAAGUCAAAACCACAGCCGAGGGGGGUAA